UGAUGCGCCGGUCACCGAUCACUCUCUGUCAAAUGUCAAUCACCACAUCAGCGCUCACGUGCAACAGCGAUACUGUACAUCUCCACACAGCCACGCACACCCGCUCUCGUAGUGUCCGAAAACAAAAUCAGCCUCAGCCUCAAGAGCUUGGUCCGUUGCCCGCUGUCCUAUCCUCCCAUACCCACCACCUGACUCUCCACGCCCCUUGCACAGACUUGAUUCACCCACCUCAAAAAUGACCCACGACGCUGUUUGGUUCUCCCGCCCCAGGAAAUACGGAAAGGGUGCCCGUCAAUGCCGCCUCUGCGCCCAUCAGGCUGGUCUCAUCCGCAAGUACGGACUCGACCUCUGCCGUCAGUGCUUCCGCGAGAAGUCGGCUGCCAUCGGUUUCGUCAAGGUACGCUCAAGUAUCCUUGGCUCAAUCUGGAUGGGGGGACUCACACACGGGAAUAGAACCGGUAAACAGCAACUGGGAGUUUCGGUUCUCUUCUGUCGACUCUAG